UCAUCAUCUGACAUGCUUGACAUUUAAAAUAACCACAAAUCGCUAUCGAACCAAGCAAAAAAUGGGCAAAAUAAACAUAAACGAAGUGAGCAUGUAAAACAUCCUAGUCCUCCAAAAAGGAACGCAAUUACGUUCUGUAAAUAGUGUACAAAGUUGAAUGAAUCAUGUGCGAGAACAUCGCCGAUUGUGCCGAUACGGUGGAUCCUCGCGUUCACAUAGAGCUAGAGCGGCUCAACAACGCCACCGACGAAAUCAAUCGGCUAGAAAGCGACCUGGACGGGGCGCGAGGUGCAUUCAGAAAUUUAUUGUGUGAUAGUACGGCCAAAAUAGAUGCGAUUCGACUGAAACUGGGGCUGUGUGUUGAGCGCGCCAAACCUUACUAUGAGGCAAGGUUCUGUGCAAAUGAAGCUUUAAAGCAAACUCAGGUAGCUGCAAUGAAGUAUGAAAAGGCAAACAGUGCACAUAGUGCUGCCAGGGAGAUGGUGUUCUUGGCUGAGCAAGGAUUGGGUGGAAGAACAUUAGAUCCUGCCUGGCAGGAAAUGUUGAAUCAUGCAACACAAAGGGUUAAUGAGUCAGAACAUGACAGAGGUUCAGCUGCUGGGGAACAUAGGGUGGCUUGUGUGAAACAUGAAGCUGCUAAUGCCAAAGUCAGAAUGUUGCAAAAGGAAUUGAAGAGGGCUAUAUCAAAAAGCAGUUUAUCCAUUCGACGUAAUCUUAUGAUCAUUAGUAACCUAGCUUACCAGCAUGAGUUAAUAUUACUACCGUAUUAUGAGAUGAAAGCUCAUUACAAUUAUCUCCUGGAACAACAAAGACUACGUAUUCAAACCGUUGAAUCGCAGGUGUCAACAGCUAAACUAACAUAUGCUGAAGCAUUGCGAAAUUUAGAAGAAAUAUCUGAUGAGAUCCAUCGCAGUCGCAACUCGAAGAAACUGGAUUUCUUACAAACGCCAAAGAAACAAAACAGUAUGGACAGCAACGAAUCUUACGUCGACGUAGACUUCUCCGAAGAGUUUAAAACAUUACCACCCAAGUUAAACUCUUUUCCAGUGCCGAAUAAAGAAGGGGACGUCGGAUAUAAAAAUACGCCGUACAACAUAUCACCGACCAGUCCUGCAUCGCAUAUAAGUACCGAAGAGACGGACGAGAAACUUCUACACCCGAACAGCCAAUCAAGCGAGUGGACCGAAAUUAAUCUGGACGUAUCCAGCCCCGAGGAGGAGAUCAAAGAGGAUGAGAAACCGAAACUUUUACGGCAGCGAACCUUACCGAAUACGCUCACCGAUGGUGAGUUCAAACACAAACCGAAGUUGGAUUCGAGCAUCACCAACUGGAUUAGCAGGUCAUCGGCUGCCAGGACCGAAACGCGCGAGGAGAGUAGUCGUAGGCAGAGUUUGGAUAAUCUCCUCGGGCCAACCAGUGAAAAGGUCAAAGAGAUUUGGUCACAAGGUAUGAUGAUGCUCAACAUCAGCGCUCUGACCGAACGUCGCAACAGUGAGCCACGCGCAGGCAUUACUGAGGGAGGCAAGGGUAGUAAGAAGCUGCCAAGUCCACUGGAAAAGACACUUACGUAUUUGAAUGUGGAAGAUGACACUUCUGAUACGGAGAGUUUAGCCAGUGUAGAUAUGCUUAACGAGGAGCAAAUCAAUUCACUUAUGUUGGAUAAAGAAUUGCCGCUAGUAUGUGAAGAGGUGCUGGGCACACCAAUGAACGAAGUUGUUGCUCUGCCACAACUGUUUGAUGCUAGUCAAAGCCAAAUUCAGAAGCAGGCGAGUGAGAGUUUAAUUUAAGGAAAAAUAAUAAUAUCAAGUGGUAAAGACGCAGAUGAAAAAGAAAACGCGUAAGUUUUAGCGCUGUGAAUGUUUACCUAUUAUCUCUUGCCUGGUACAAAAUGCAAUAAUUAAGCUAUUAACGAAGCCAACUAUAUUUAAUUAAUCGUUGUAUCAACGUUUUUAUUUAAAAAGUACAUAGGCAAUUUUAAUGUCUCCAACUUAUAAGCUGCCCGUAACGUUCAGUAUCAUGUACGAUAAUAACGCACGUUUGAGGUUUGCUUACAAUCGUAACAUGUUAGUAAUGUUAGUCAUUGGAAAUAAUUAUAUACAAGCAAUAUCUGCGUUUAAAUCCCAAAUUUUUGAGGCUGUAUUGAAAAACAUAUUAGUUGAAAUCAAAAUAGUUCUUAAAAAAGUGUAAAAAUUCACAAUUAGCAAUUAUUCUAGCGGACUUUUCCAAAGAUAUACUUCCAGUUUGUUUAAAUGCAUUAUUUGAAACCAACUUAACGCAAUUGAAAUAUAUAAUAAUCAAUCGUUGAAUAAGGCGUGUGUUUUGUCUUGUUUGUGAUUUAUGAUUAUUUCGCACUGUUGAUGCUUUUUAAGAUUUUAUUUUCUGCGAUCAAUAUUUAUGUUUGUUAACUGUUAUUGUUUUAAAAAUAAAUAAUUGCUUAUAGA